AUGAAUAAUCCAACAAAUUCACAAGUGGAAUUCUAUCGAGGGCAUCAACAAAAUGGAGAGAAUGAAAGGAGAGAAGAAGACAAAAAAUUUAGUGAAGGACAUCAUAAAAUCGAGAUCGAAUAUAAGAAAGAUGGUCGAAAAGUCGUCGACGGAAAAGUUGAGGAACAAUCGGCAACCACUCUUUGGACUCGGACUUUGAUGGGAGGUGUCCUGAAUCACACUGCGGAAAUAGUCGAGAAUGAAGAGGAAAAGAACGACGAAUCGACUGAAACGCAGAGUUCAAAAGAC